AUGAGGCCCGCAGCCCCCUCAAUAGACAUCAUGGCCACCCAGUCAAUCUCGCCGGAUUCUCGAUCCUCAUCGUCCACAAACUCGCCUCUCCCUGCCGACAAUGAGGAGUCAGACUUCUUCAUCGCCGGCAACGAUUCGCAGUCGUCACUCGGCGUCCCCAACAUCGAGGAUAUGCAGGUCAGCGAUGAUCCGUGUCAACCCGCCGUCAACCGGCUCCCUAGCGAGAUCCUCAUCUCCAUCUUCGCCAAGCUCAACAACUCGAAUGACCUCUUCAACUGCAUGCUGACGUGCAAGCGAUGGGCUAAGAACUCUGUCGACCUGCUGUGGCAUCGUCCCGCCUGCACAAACUGGAAGAAUCAUUCUUCCAUCUGCCUCACCCUGCAACUUGCCACUCCUUUCUUCGCGUACCGCGAUUUUAUCAAGCGUCUCAACCUGGCUGCCGGUCCCCUCGCAGACAAGAUCAGCGAUGGCAGUGUCAUGCCUCUGUCUGUAUGCACUCGCGUCGAGCGACUCACCCUUACCAACUGUCGCAACCUUACCGACCAGGGCUUGACCAAGUUGGUGGAAAACAGCUCCUCGCUGCUGGCCCUUGAUAUCUCGGGCGAUGAGUACAUCACAGACGUCUCCAUCCGGACCAUCGCCGAGCACUGCAAGAGGUUACAGGGCCUCAACAUUUCUGGCUGCCGCCAAAUCACCAACGACAGCAUGAUACAGCUUGCCGAGAACUGCCGGUUUAUCAAGAGGCUCAAACUCAACGAUUGUGCCCAGUUGCAAGACAACGCUAUCCUUGCAUUUGCCGAGAACUGCCCGAAUAUCCUCGAGAUCGACCUGCACCAGUGUGCACAGAUCGGCAAUGAGCCCAUCACUGCCCUCAUCGCCAAGGGCCAGUCUCUCCGCGAGCUUCGGCUCGCCGGCUGCGAGCUCAUCGACGACAGCGCCUUCUUGACUCUGCCUCCCAGCAAGACCUACGACCACCUUCGCAUUCUCGACUUGACCUCCUGCGCCAGACUCACCGAUCAGGCGGUGGAAAUCAUUAUCGAUGCUGCCCCGCGCCUUCGCAAUUUGGUGCUGGCCAAGUGCCGCAACAUCACCGACGUUGCUGUCAAUGCCAUUUCGAAACUCGGCAAGAACUUGCAUUACUUGCACCUCGGCCACUGCGGCCACAUCACUGACGAGGCCGUGAAACGACUCGUGCAGCAGUGUAAUCGUAUACGGUACAUUGAUCUGGGAUGCUGCAUAAACCUCACAGACGACUCCGUCACGAAGUUGGCACAGCUUCCCAAGCUCAAGAGGAUCGGUCUCGUUAAGUGCAGUAGUAUCACCGACGAGUCUGUGUUUGCUCUCGCUCGCGCCAACCAUCGCCCACGGGCACGCCGCGAUGCGAACGGCAACAUUGACGAAUAUUACUCGUCCAGCCUCGAAAGAAGUAUCAUCAAGUUGCUAAACUAUUGCCCACGCUUGACCCAUCUCAGUCUGACAGGGGUCACUGCCUUUCUGCGAGAAGAAUUUGCAGAGUUCUGCCGACCUCCUCCACCUGAAUUCACUGAUCACCAGCGUGGCGUCUUUUGCGUCUUCUCUGGCGUCGGCGUAACGAAGCUCCGCGACUACCUUAACUCUUCUCCCGAAUACGAAGGUCUUCGCGACUCGCCCGGUCCUCGAUUUCCUGGACUCUCGAGCUUUUCAUCCCGUCGGCCCGCCGAUCCCCGGGCCGUGGUCGGACAUGCCGGACAGAUCAAUGGGGACGCUGAAGUUGACGAAGCGGAGGUACCAGAGGACGAUGAGUUCGAGGGUCUCGACGGCAGUGAAAUGGCAGUGGAUGGCCAGCCCUUGUUGGCACAAAAUCUUGUGAACGGCAAUGCCCAGAAUGGUGUUCCUCCACCCCCUCCAAACCAUGUGCCUCCGGCCGGCGCGGUGCCCAUGUUCGCGCCACCACUUGGACAGGCCGCCUUAUUGUUCAGCCCUACAAGCACCAGCUUCCCGCAGUCAACUCGUUCGUCAACCGCUGAGGGCCCAGCGAAUCACCCGCCGCCCUUGGUCAUCUCGAGCCAUUACUCUCCGACAAGUGCCGGACCCAGUACGUCCACAGCGAACGCACUUUCGCCGCAAGGUACAAAUCUCGGCUUCCCCGCGUACAUGAACCGGAGGCCUGCACCCCUUGGUGCCAGCACUGCGUCUAUGGAGGCAUCAAUGUUGAGCCCAGUUUCCCAUCGCAGUCGGCCGGCGAGCGUCAUCUCCAUGGAGGCAUCGAUGUUGGGACCUCUAGACCCGGAUAUGAGUGAGCCUACCACGCCAAAUGGACAGCAACAGCAUUGA